CAGCUGUGACUCUGGCGGUUUGCUGUUUACAUUUGAAGAAAUGCUUUUCCCAAAUUCAUUUUUCUAUCUUAAUCAAUUCAAUUGAUUGUUACUCAAGUAAUUCAUAUCGUCCACUCUUUAUCAGUAAUUAAUGAACUAAUUAUUAUUUAUAUUAAACUUGUUAUUGAUGACAAUUUGUAUUUAUUGUGCCUUUUUCCCUUAAUCUUGUGAAAUUAAAUUUUCUGUUAUUGUUACCUUUGCUUCUCAUGACUAGUCGAGUUUUGCCGAUUAAACAGUACCUCUCUGAAUGGUUUCAUUCGAACCACUCUCUUCGAUUUAAGUUUAAUACAUUACAUUCGCUUGAUGGUGAACUGUUGACUCGACCAAUUUUACAGUCAAGUGUUAAUGAUCGAUUAAAUUCUGAUGAAGUUCAGAAGAUUGUUUUUCGAUUACCUCAAGUGGCACCAUUUGUUGAGCAAACAAGUGUCGAGGACACACCAGCAGGACCUGUUAUUCAACUAUGUAUAAACCGUAGAGCUUUUAUUGACGAUACAAUUGAUAAGCUGCGCGGUGAUUUGGACAGCUUUCCUGAAAAAUGUAGACUGAACUCACCUAAGCCCAUCAAACAAAUUGUUGAAUUCAGCUCGCCGAACAUCGCCAAACCAUUUCAUUGUGGCCAUCUUAGAUCAACUAUAAUCGGAAACGUCUUAGCCAAUUUAAAGAAAUAUCUUGGAAACGAUGUUAUCAAAUUGAAUUAUCUUGGAGAUUGGGGAACGCAAUUCGGCUUGCUCUCGCAUGGUUUUGAUUGUUUCGGAAGUGAAGAAGAGCUUAAGAAAAGUCCAAUUAAGCACCUAUUUGAUGUCUACGUUCAAGCCAAUCGUCUUGACGAAAGUGAUGACAGCUUUAGACAAGAAGCUAAGCUCAAGUUUAAAUCUAUGGAAAAAGAUUUAGAUGAUAAAGAGAUAAAGAAAUGGAAUUUAUUCAAACAAUAUUCCAUGAAAGAAUAUGACAAAAUAUAUCGCCAACUAGGAAUUGUUUUUGACGAUUUUCAUUUCGAAUCAAUGUACAACAAAUUAGCUCAUCAAUGUGUAAAUCAAUUAGAAGAUCUCAAACUGAUUGAAACUUGCCCGAACGGAGCAAAGAUAAUAUUGCUGGAAAAAUCAAAUAGCAAAGAGGACAAUUUUUCAGUUCCAUUGAUAAAAAAUGACGGAAGUACUUUGUAUCUAACCAGAGAUAUUGCUGCUGCCAUUGAUCGAAAAGAAAAGUACAAUUUCGAUGAAAUGUACUAUGUUGUCGGUAAAGAACAAUCCGAUCACUUUAAUCAUCUGAGACAAAUUCUUUUUAAGAUGGGUCACAAAUGGGCAAGCAAUCUUAUCCUGGUCAGUUUUGGUCGGAUUAUCGGAAUGAGCACGAGGAAAGGCGAAAUCAUAUUUUUAGAGGAUAUUAUCAAUGAAGCCAAACAAAAGUGCCUAGAAUCGACCUUUGCUUCUAAAACUACGAAAAGUGACCAUACAGAUAUUGACCGAUUGGCUUCAGUUCUCGGUUUAACUGCUGUUUACGUCCAUGAUUUGAGAACUCCCAAAAGUAGUGAUUACAGAUUUGAUUGGUCUAAAGCUUUGAAUUUACGUGGACAAUCCGGAAUCAGUCUACAAUAUGUACAUGCACGAAUUCGUAGUAUUGAGCGAUUUUCGAAUGUCGACUUGGAUUUAAACGUUGACAUUAAUUAUGAAGCCAUCGAAGGAAGCUUCUGGGAUAAACUUUUGAUCCAUCUUUCAAGAUUCGAUGAUGUUCUUGAAGAAACGUCUAAAAAACGAGAUCCAAGUAUCCUAGUUCGAUAUUUAAUUUGGCUCAGUACAUUUAGUAAUGGAUGUAUCCCAGUGGCCAAAGUGAAAGGAGAACCGAAGGAUAUUGCUCAAACACGAUUACUUAUUUAUCAUUGUAGCAGAAAAGUAUUGCAAAAAGGUCUUAAUUUAAUUGGUUUAGAAGCUUUAGAUCAAAUUUAAAUAAAAUUUGUCGAUGAAUCCUGGAUCAAUUCCGAGAGACACACCGAAUGACGA